GAGCGCGGAGGGGCGACGGUGCCACUGCUGAGCGACUGGGGAAAAGCUGCGGGUGUGCCGGUACCUCUGCAGGAGCAGGUGCGUGCCCGCGGCUCUGCACAGUGCCUAGCCUGCUGCUGACCUUCUGGCGGACCCCGAAGAAGGAGAUGCGAAUCAAUUGCAAGGAGCGGGACGGGGGGAGGAAAAAGAUCGCGUCGGUGUCGCUUUACGCAUGCGCGGGCCUCGCCAGGUGGAGCCGCUGGUCGGGUAGCGACUGCUCGGCGAUCCCGGCGUGCUCUGUGCGGGCUGCGCUGCCGCCAUUGACCGCUGGGGAGCGGCGCAGUACACCAUGGGGGCUGUAGUCCUAACGGGGAGGGAUGUGAGCAGCUCCGUUCCCGCUUGAGACAUUCAUGGGGGCCUAAUAGAAAGCAUGCCUUGGGGUGGCAGAAGUCUCGCUACUCAGGGAGGGAUUUGGUUCUGAGGAAAUCAUGCAAGGCUACCCGGGAUAUUCCUGCUUCUGAUGGGAAGUACUCUGCGGUCAGAGUGAAAAUAACUUUGAGUUAGGGUUGCGUAGGCACACAUCCGUGCAGGUUAAGGGCUGACCUGCUGGAAGACAGCUCUGCAAGAGAAGGAUUGAGGGAUCCUGGUGGACAACAGGUUUGCGAUGGUCCGUAGUGGAAAAAAUGGUGGACUCCACCUGAAACAGAUCGCAUACUACAAAAGAACAGGGGAGUACCAUCCCACAACGCUAUCAAGUGAAAGAAGUGGAAUCAGAAGAGCAGCCAAAAAAUUUGUUUUCAAAGAAAAUAAAUUGUUCUAUGUUGGAAAAGACAGAAAACAAAUGCGCCUAGUAAUUGUUUCAGAUGAAGAAAAGAAAAAUGUGCUUCAGAAAUGCCAUGAAAAUGCUGCAGGCACUCAUCAUGGCAUAUCAAGAACACUGACUUUAGUGGAAUCUAAUUACUACUGGACCUCUGUAACAAAUGAUGUCAAACAGUGGGUGUACGCAUGUCAGCAUUGCCAAGUAGCAAAGAGUACAACCACCACCACGCUCAAACCAUACCCGAUCAAAGCAGAAGACCCCUGGACAGCAGUCACUGUAGCCUUAAUGGGACCAUUUAGAGCUACCAAAAGAAGCCACAAGUAUGUCAUAAUCAUGAUAGAUUUGUUCACAAAAUGGACUGUUAUCUUGCCUUUGCAUGAUACUUCAGCAGCUGAAAUUGCUAAGGCAAUCAUCAGUGUGUUUUUCUUAUAUGGACCACCUCAAAAAAUGCCUAUUGACCAAGGGAAGGAGCUUGUUCAUCAGAUAAACAAAGAACUAUUUGCACUAUUUGGAAUGAAACAAAUAGUAUUGUCUUAUCCUCAAACCAAUGAAGUAAGUGAAAGAACAUGCAAGACAGUCAAAGCUUUCCUUAACAAAUACUGCACAGAUCAUCCAAACGAUUGGGAUGAACAUUUGUCUGCUAUUGCCUAUGCUUUCAAUUUGACUAAUUUGGAGCCAGAUCGAAACACCCCAUAUUUCCAAAUGUUUAAUCGUAAUCCAUAUGUUGAACCAAUGAACAUACGUGUGGAAGGAGAAGACAGUAUGUUUGCAAAAAUAUUUGAAGCAACUAGAAGAGCCAGUCAAGCACUUGAAGGAGAGAAAACCUCAGAUGGCCAGGUGGAGAAAACCACUUCAGAUGAACAGAAACCUAGAAAUAAAAUCAAUGUCAAAAGGAAGUCAAAGCAAUUAAGUACCCUUCGACUUAAAGUCGGUCAUGAAGUCCUCAGACAAAGAAAAAAUUGGUGGAAAGAUGGUCGUUUCCAGUCAGAAUGGGUUGGUCCUUGUAUUAUAGAUUAUAUCACAGAAAAUGGCUGUGCAAUAUUAAGAGAUGCCACGGGAUCCAGAUUGAAAAGGCCCAUCAAGAUGUCUCACCUCAAGCCAUACAUAAGAGGGUCCAAUGAAAAAGAUGACCGCUAUUUCCUACAAGGUGCAAUAGUUGUUGACCAUGACUACAUUGGCUUAUCUGAGAGAUCACAUAAUACAGACCAGCAGGACCCUGCUGCUGAAAAGGAAAUAAAUGCCUAUGUGAGAGGCGUCACGUCUGCUGUGCAAAUGCCACCUUCAGCCUGCAAAGGCCAAGAAUCAGCAGAUGGCAGACAUCAGUCUGAGCUGACAGAAGAUCAUUGCGUUGAACCAAACAGUGCAAAGCCAGAACAGUGGCCAUCACCUUGCUGGACGCUUCAGACCAAGAUAGAAGAUACUUAAACAGUCUCGUGGCGUUUCAUUGACAAACAGUUUGGAGCACACGUGGCAGAGUGACAAAGUUUGGAUAGCUCCAAGGUCCUCAGCCAAAUCCACUUUGCUGUAUGAAUUUAGGAAUACUGAAGGCUCCCGGUUAUUAGUUUACAUGGGCAUUAAAAAGCAGUCACUCUGUUAACAAAAUGUAGGCGCAACCUGUUAAAAGCACAUGUUCUACUGCAUAUACUUAAAAACAAGUAGGUGUCCAGUGUUAAUUUAAGUGGACGUUGAGAAGUUAGCAUUCAAUUACCAGUGCUGUCACAACCUGGUAAAAGCACAUGUUCUCAUCAUGCCUUUGUAGUUCAGUUUCUAUUACUGAAAUGAUUAUAAGGCCCAGCUUGACUGUUACCUUCUCAGGAUACAACACAUUUCACUGUAAUGACCUUUUCAUUAGUUCUCAUAUGACUCAUUCCUAACAGGUGGAGGUGUUGUGGGAUGAAUAUAAUCUAAACAACAGAAAUUCUGUCUUCCCUGUAGAAAGACAAAGAAGAUGAUGUCUUCCUUUUCCUGUUAUAAAACUGUUCUUUGUUUUUCAUGAGAAGCUGCAAACUCUGAUUUUUACAGCUUUGAAUUUAUACUCUAGUCCACAGCUCCAAGGUGUCACAAAACAAUAAAGCUGCCAAAACUACAGGUAAUGUUUUGCAUAUGGAACGGUGAGGCCUUCAGCUGCUCCCUGCUCAUCAAAACUCUGCUAGGAGAGCAGUUUCAGUUCCUCAUGCAUGCCAAAAUCAAAAGAGCAGUCAGCAUUCAUUUGUUCUUUCUUCACAAACAUCUGGUUUCCCUGAGUGAUACAUCUUCCCAGAGCUAGCAUAGAUUGGGAGAUUUCUGCUGACAGUGCCCAAGGAAAGGUGAGGGCUGCUGUUAUUUAUUCUCUGAAUUCAUUGAAUAAGUUGUUGCAGGCCUUGACUUCCUGCCAAGAAGACUAUAUUUUAUGGUAAGAUUAAAGAUGUGGCCGUUGCUAAAGUCAGCUGAGCAAAAACUCUCACGUGGAAAACCGAUGAGUGCAAGCUGCUUCUUUUACAGGGGAGUGACAGGAAGAGGAAGAAUGGUAGCAGGGGGCUGAAUUUAGAAAUGCAGCAGCAUCCAUUUGAUACUGCAGAAGACUUGCUUUUCCUGCUCUCUGAACGCCUGCAUUCCUUACCAUCUCUGCUCCUGGAUAUCACGUGGCAUUUAAUGCAAGUGGCUUUUAGAUUAAAGGGCUAUUUAUAAUGGUAGUCUUUAGACAAAAUCUGGAAGAGGAAAGUAUUAUUUAUUAAAGGCUUUCACUAAACUUAGGUAAAAAGACUUUGCCCACAAGUCUGGUUAGGUACCUAACUCAUGUAGAAACUCACACGUUACAUGGCACGCCUGUGGUAUCGUGGUUCAAAGCUACGUGGAAGAACAGCUGAGCACAAUAAUAGUGUUCCAGGAUCUGAUCUUAAAAUCCAUCUACAAAUGCUUUCUUUUCCCUGUGUAUGUUUUCCCCAUUGAGACAGUUUCAGAGGGCAGGUGCUGGGCUCACGGGGUAUGCCAGCAGAUCUCUGUUACUCAUGCACAGUUCCGUGGAGCUCUUUUCUAUGGUGGGUGCAUGGGGGAGCUCUGGUGUAACACAUGCUGUGUGCUUGUAGCUCCACUGGAGAGAAAUAAAAUGCUAAACUGACAGUGGAAUAGGAAAAAACAGUAACCAUUUAACAGUCUGUGUAAUGCUGAUCAUUCAGGUUUCCUGGUAAUGGUGGUCUACUGCAUUAACAGGCAAGCAUUAGUGCCUCUUGGAUGCACCAAAAUGAGGCCGCCUAUGCACAUAGGAGGUUUAUUGAAAAAAGGAGAGGGUUUUCGAGGUAAUCAUUCAAAAAACAAUCACUGGAAACUGUGGAAAAGAUACCACCAGGAAACCUGAGACGUGAAAAAUAGCACACAGUGCUCUGGGAAACUGGAGGAAGCCUCCACUCUCGCCCUGGGUAAGUGCUGCACAGUGCACGCUUGUCAGCAUGGUGAGCACAAACCUGCUCAGUAAAUGCACGAGUGCCCAUCUGCAACAAGGCAUGAGGGCCUGUUUUAUGGUGGGUCAGUAGCAGAAGACUUAUUCCCUGACAGAAUUCUUAGAAAUUCUGUUUUUUAAUAGUUUGUGCCCCCUCGUGGCAAGUUGUUCAGGAAGGAGGAAUAAAUAGGAGAACACAGCACGAAAUAACAGCCAGUUUGCUCAUACCUCCCAGCAUGUUUUUCCUUUGGGUUUGCUUCUGGCACCAAUUACCAGAUAGCAAUUAGUUAGAUGAAAAACGUGUCAAGGAAAAAAAAGAAAAAAAAAAGAAGAAAAUCAAUUUGCUGGUGAAAAGCCUCUGUAUGAUCACUCAAAGCGUUUCAGUAUUGAAUGAUAAACCAUACCUCACAUUUGAACGCUUCCUGAACUCUUGUGUAGUGUUUGCUCAUUCUGUGCUAAUGUGCUCCUGUGUUACAGCUCCAGACAAUACUUGACAUUUUAAAGUUUUUCCAUCCUCUCAAGAACCUAAUGUUCCCUGUUGAAGGACAGCAAUGAGUCAUGAGCUGCUUUUCACAGCAGGCUGUUGACAAAUCUUCUGGAAUCACUGCUUUUGAGAAAUGGAUGAGUUUUCUUUACUCAUUGUGGUGCAACGUCCGUAUCAAUGACCUUUUGUGGCAGACAUCACCGCUCUAAUAACAUAACAUCAAACUCUGUUUGUACAGUUGCCUCUUUGAUAUUUUCAAAAUAGGAAAUAAAUAAUAAUGGAAUGUU